CGUCAAGUUGUCCGGAAGAUGUACCCGCAUUACGAGGACGGCUACUACGAGUAUCCUGUGGACCGCCUCCUCAAGCUUCAGGAUUUCAUCACGGAGGACGCGAUGCACAACCCGGACAUGCUCGAUCGUGACAACAAACCCUGCCUCUUCGUCACAAAGAACGGGAGCGCCACUGGGGUGACCAUUGGUAGCGCCACCGGCGUCUUCUCAUACGUGCGAGAGUACUGCGGGGACGGCACUAAGCAGACAUCGGUGGAAUGGUCCAUUCUGCCGUACGACAGAAAAUCUGGCGACUUCUCCGCCGCUGGCGAUUCUGGCUCUGUCAUUGUUGACAGGCGCGGACGUAUCGGCGGCCUCCUCACUGGCGGUACUGGCGACCCCCACACUGGCGAUACUAGCGAUACCGAGUCCACCGACAUCACGUACGCGACGCCCUUCGCCUGGCUCUUCCAGCGUAUCAAGGCCAACGGGUUCCCGGACGCCCACCUCCACCCGGUCAUUGCCUAG